AUGACACUCUGGCCUAAACUCAUGUCCUUGUUAGUGGUCCUCGAAGACAAAGUCAAGGGAUCCUUCACCAUCUCCAGGGACAAUGGCAAAAGACAGCUGUAUCUACAAAUGAAUAGCCUCAAACUGGAGGACACAGCUGUCUAUUACUGUGGGAGAAACACAGAGAUCACUGAAACCUCUUUCAUUUUAGGUGUCCAUUCUCAGGUCCAGUUGGUGGAGUCUGGAGGGGAUGUGAGAAGACCUGGAGAGUCCCUACGUCUCUCCUGCCAAGGUUCUGGCUUCAUCUUUGGGAACUUUGGGAUGAACUGGUUUAGACAGGCUCCAGGGAAAGACCUGGAAUGGCUUUCACAUAUCUUUGCUGAUUCCCAUGAAAAGUUCUACUCAAACAAAGUGAAGGGACGCUUCACCAUCUCCAAGGACAACGCCAAAAGCCAGCUAUAUUUCCAAAUGAAAGACCUGAAACCAGAGGAUACAGCUGUCUAUUAUUGUACGAGACACACAGCUACACACACCAGAACAAAGUUUGUGCACUUUCCCCACAUCAUCUCCUAUCCAUUCUCCUCCAUUCAUCAGAGGAGAGCAAGCAUGAUUCUCUGGCUAAGCAUUAUGUUUAGUUUACUAGCAACCCUUGGAGGAGUCCAACCUGAGGUUAGGUUGGUGGAGUCUGGAGAAGUGAGAAGACCUGGGGAGUCCCUCCAUCUCUCCUGCCAAGCCUCUCGAUUCACCUUCAGCAGCUACUACAUGGCCUGGUUGAGACAGGCUCCUGGGAAAGGACCGGAAUGGUUUGCAGAUAUUGGUAGAUCCUCAUCUCCAAUUCGUUACUUAGACAAAGUCAAGGGACGCUUCACCAUCUCCAGAGAUGAUUCCCGCAGCCAGUUCUAUCUGCAAAUGAACAAUCUGAAACCAGAGGACACAGCUGUCUAUUACUGCGCAAAGAGACACAGUGAAGGAAGUGAAUCUGAAGCCCGUCAAGAACUUUCUCUGCCUCUGAGCAGCUUUCCAAAUUGUUGCAGUCAUACAGGUUUGAAUUUGCAUAUGGGAAAAAAGCAAUGGUAG